AGUCGAUGCCGCCGCGCCCUCCUCCUUCCAGAGCACGGACCUUUGGCGGCAUAAACCGCCGUCGCCGUCGCACGCGCCGCCGGCCGCGCCGCGAGCCCGAUUUCCCCACGCCCCGCGGCAUGGCGCGCAACAAGGAAGGGCUGGUUCUGCUGCUGGAUGUCGGCCCGUCGAUGCACCGGGCGCUGCCGGAGGUUGAGAACGUCUGCACGACCCUCGUGCGCAAGAAGCUGGUUUUUCAUAGGAGCGACGAGGUUGGCGUUGUCCUGUUUGGAACUAAAGAAACACACAAUGACCUCGCGAGGGAACUUGGGGGCUAUAAGCAUGUGCUGGUUAAGCAUGAUAUUAAAGUUGUUGACGAAGAAACAAAAGAUGCUCUUGAAAAUCUUCCUAGGGGAACUGCCCCUGGUGACUUUCUGGAUGCUAUUGUUGUUGGUUUGGAUAUGCUGAUAAAGAGAUUCGGAGAUACCAAAGCAAAACAACGUCUGUGUCUAAUCACCGACGCACAACAUCUGCUAAGGGAUCCACCCCAAGGGACAAAAGAAGACCAGGUGGACACUAUUGCAGACCAGAUGAAAAAACAUGAUAUUAAGAUGGAUUGCAUUGUUUUCAGGGAAUCUGGAGUUCAACACAAUUCUGUAAUGGAUGAAAAUGACCGGUUAUUAUAUCACUUCAGAGAUAGGUCGGUGGCAAAGGUAGUCCAGGUUGACACCCCGACAGCACUCUUAGGUGCUCUCAAGACAAGAAAUGUACUCCCAGUUACUAUCUUCAGGGGAGACCUGGAAGUGAGCUCCACUUUUAAAAUCAAGGUGUGGGCGUAUAAGAAAACAUCUGAGGAAAAAUUCCCCACUUUGAAGAAGUAUUCUGAUAAGGCUCCUCCAAGUGAUCAGUUUGCCUCGCAUGAAGUCAAAGUGGAUUAUGAGUACAAAAGCAUUCUAGAACCAGACACAGUUAUUCCACCAGAUCAAAGAAUCAAGGGCUAUCUUUACGGUCCUCAAGUUGUUCCUAUAUCAUCUGCUGAAUGGGAGGCUGUGAAGUUCAAGCCAGAGAAAGGUGUGAAGCUUCUAGGUUUUGCAGAUAGAUCCAGCAUACCACGGUCCUAUUUUAUGAAAGAUGUGAACUCCUUUGUACCUGAACCGGGAAACACAAAAGCAAUGGUUGCAGUCUCUGCCUUAGCUAGAGCAAUGCAAGAAAUGAACAAGGUUGCAAUUCUGCGAUGUGUGUGGAGGCAAAAUCAAGCGAAUGUUGCUUUUGGUGUAUUGACACCAAACAUCUCAUCAGUGAACAAUGUGCCAGAUUCCUUUUACUUCAAUAUACUGCCUUUUGCUGAGGACAUCAGAGACUUUCCAUUUCGCUCCUUCAGCAGCCUGCCACCAUCAUCACAGCCUACUGAAGAACAGCAGGAAGCGGCAGAUAAUCUAGUGAAGAUGUUAGAUCUUGCACCACCUGGAAGGGAAGAGAUCCUCAGGCCUGAUUUCACACCAAACCCUAUGUUGGAGAGGUUCUACAGCUACCUUGAUCUGAAGUCAAAGCAGCCAGAUGCAAAUCCACCACCGCUCGAUAGCUGUCUAAGGAGGAUAACCGAGCCAGAUCCUGACGUCAUUAAUUAUCGAGCACCGUUAAUCCAAAAUUUAGGCAAAUCUUUUGAGCUGAAGGAGAACCCCAAGAGAAAGAAAGCCCGGACACAGGAGAGAUUAGCUUAUACUGACCCAGAUGAUCAAGCUAAAAGUUCAGAAAAUAAUGCAGAGAAGGCUACGGCGGCAGAUGGUCAAGCUAAAAAGCCAGAAGAUCCUUAUGCAGAGAAGGCUAGGGCGAUAGAGGUUAUGUUUCCUUCAACAGAGAAGGUUGGGAAGAUUGGAGAUGUAAAUCCUGUUAAAGAUUUUGAAGCCAUGCUGGCAGAGAGAUCUAGCUCAAUAUGGGUUCAGAAGGCAAUUGAAGAGAUGAAGAAGUACACGACCAAUUUGGUAGAGAAUUCUCUUCAAGGAGAUUAUUACGAAAAGGCACUCAAGUGUUUUGUUGCUCUGCGGAAGGCCUGUAUAAUCGAACAGGAGCCGGAGGAAUAUAACCAAUUUGUGACGAAGCUUUAUGAGAGACUGAAGAAGGUGGAUGAUGUGGUGAAGUUCUUUCAGCUUCUUUCAUCCAAGAAUGUUUUGCUUAUAUGCAAAGAAGAAGCGCCUGACAGCGAUGUGACUGAAGAGAUGGCGAGGAGCUUCUUCUUGAAAACCGAAAUAUCCUCUGAGUAGCAUGGGUCUGGGUCCUCAAGGCAUUGCCAGUAGAAAAUUCUAACAUCAGUUUAGCUGUACCACGGCUCAUGGUUCAUGUUCUGAAGCUUUGGUCAUGAUAUGGUAUUUGAUACGAUGGUGUGCCACAGAAGUUGCGAUGAACAUGCUAUCAUCUAAGCUACUGUUUUAGAUUCCCAGUAUGUAUGUUAAUUCGCAACCGUCGUGAAAGGGAAAAUUCUAGUGGAAUUUAGAAAUCCUCUGUUUCUAGUCCCAGGUUGCGACGACCGUCGUACCAGAGGUACCUGUCCUAAAUACCAUUUUCUUUUGCUGCCAGGAUCAAAUUUCAGUGAUUACCAAGUCACUGAAAUAUCCUCACAGUAGCAUGGAUCUGGGUGGCAUUGCCAGUACAAAAUUCUAUCAUCAGUUUAGCUGUA